AUGCGGGAACACAUACACUCCCGGGUGCGGGCACAUACACUCUCCCGAGUGCGGACGCACGCUCUCCCGGAAGCAGGCGGCUCGGGAGGGGCAGCAAGGGCCCCCCACUCCAAACAGCCCCUCCUCCACCGCCUCCACUACCUCCAUCCGAUCCACGUCCUCAAACUCAUCCUCGUCUUCACCCUCCUUCCCCCGAAGGUCAAGAUCACGGUCAGGGUUGUCACCGUCAGGGUUGUCAUCAUCGAUGUCGUCAUCGUCAGGGUUUUCGCCAUCAGGGGCGGUGGGCCCCGAGAUGAAGCUUGUCAGUGUAGUGAGCAGCAACCCCUUACGUUAUUACUCUAUCAACUUAGUUUUUAUUUCUUAUUCCUGUUCUCUACCUCCUCGCCACCAGGCACAUGCACGGUGGUGGUGCGCGUGGCCGACGAGAACGAUAACCCACCUCGCUUCACCCGCCGCCGCUGGAAAGUCACGGUGCCGGAGACUCACCACCCCGGAGAAGCCGCGCCUAACCCGCCCAACCCGCCCAACACGACUCUGCUGGAGCUGACCGCCGGGGACAGAGACGAAGACACACACCUCCUCUACAGGGUGGAGCCUCAGAGCGGGCCGGGGUGGGAUAUCUUCAAGGUCCGGUCCGUGGGGUCCUCCGGACAGCUACUCGCGCUCCAGGGCCUUGACUACGAACAGGAGGCCCACCGACGGGGCUUCCGGUUCAGGGUGCAGGUGACCGAUAAGGGACCUCAUGGUUGGGAGGACCUGGGCCACGUGGACUCGGCCUGGGUGACGAUUCUCCUCAGCGACGUGAACGACAACCCGCCGGUGUUCCUCCGCCCGCACGCCGACGUCACGGUGAGCGAGGACGCGGCACCCGGCACACUGCUCGCCUCCCUGCCCGCCCAUGACGCUGACGAGGGAAAACAGCAUGGCAUAGACUACCGCUUGGAGGGUGGCUGGGGCGCCCUCACGGUGGACACGGAGGCCGACGUUAGUCUGGCGGGGCCUUUGGAUCGUGAGGCUCCUGGUGGCGCCGUCGGGAAGGUUCGUGUGGUGGCUGUGGACCGAGGCGACCCCCCGCUCUCCGCCACCGCCACCCUCACCGUCACCGUGGAGGACGUUAACGACUGCCCUCCGACGCUCCUGCCGCCCACCGUCCUGCACGUCACCGAGGGCGGCCCGCCUGCCCUCCUAAGCGUCCUCAAGGCCACGGACCCCGACGUGUGGGCGCUGGGUCACGGUCCGCCCUUCACCUUCUCCCUGGCACCCUCCAACCCCGCCCACGUCCUCUCCCUCAUCAGCCUCAAGUUCAACCCGCGCCUGGACAGCGGGCGCGGCGGGGCGGAGCUGUGGACGGUGGGUGCCGUGGACCGGGAGCAGCACCGGCAGCUGAGCGUGGCGGUACGGGUGUCGGACGCCCAAGGCCUGGCCGCCACACACCGCCUCACAGUGCUGGUGGACGACCUCAACGACAACCCCAUGAAGCCCGCGGCCAAGUCAGUCUACCUGUGGAAAACCCAGGGCGGCGGGGGCGCCGAGGUGCCCUUGGGCCGGGUGUUCGUGGAAGACCCGGAUGACUGGGACCUGGAGGACAAGGAGUUUGAGUGGGCGGGCACCCCCCACCCCCUCUUCUCCCUCCACCCCAGUGACGGGACCAUCGUGGCGUCCGGCGAGCUGCGGGAGGGAAGGUACGACUUGCAGUUCUCCGUUAGUGACCGCGCGUGGCGUCAGCACGGCGUGGCGGCCAACGUGACGGUGACGGUGCAGACACUACCGGCCGAGGCCCUCACCCACGCCGUGCCCCUCGCCCUCUCCCCCGUCACCCCCGAGGACCUCACCCGCGGCUGGUCCCCCUCGGAAGGUGGAGGGAUGCUGGGCACUCUCCUGAAGGCGGUGGGGGAGGCGCUGAGUGAGCCUGGCAACACUGUGGGGGUGGUUAGCGUGUACGCCGGCGAUUCUGGCCACCCGUCCUCUCCGCCCCUGCCCCUGGCCUCCACUGUCCCCGCGUCCCCGCUCACUGCCCUGCCCUCAACGUGUGUGUGGGUGAGCGCUAAGGACGGCCGUGGGAGGUUCAUGAAUCCUCUUAAACUCCAGGGUCUCUUGGCACUGCACACACGCCAGUUGGAGUCAGCCACGGGUGUCAGUGUGGUGGUGGCAGAGGACACAACACCAGCGCCGUCAGUAGCUUCUCAGGGUGGCAGCAAAGACCCAGCCUCAGGGGGGGACGAGAACACCAGAGGAGGACUGUACACUGCUCCUUCCCUGGCCUCCACUGGGCUCCCGCUGCAGGUCGUGGACGCCAACGCCACCUCCCUCAUCACGCCGCGCCUCACCCGCGCCCACGCCUGCCACCACGACCACCUCCGCCACCACUACGAAUCUUCGACCUGCACGCCCACCUCGUGCCUCAACGGCGGCAGCUGCGUCAGGACCGUGGAGGGCACUUACAGGUGUGUGUGCCCGGAACAGACAGAAGGGGCACAGUGCAAGCUACUGGGCCGCACCUUCUGGGGGUCCGGGUGGGCGUGGCUCAGACCGCUGCCGCCAUGCCUGCCCAUCACCCUGUCCCUCCGCCUCCUCACCCGCCACCCUCACGGCCUCCUCCUCUACGCCGGGCCCUUGUCACCCCCUGCCCACCCCACCGCGUCGCCACCCAUGCUCGCCCUGCAGCUGGUGGACGGGCGGCCCCAGGCACUUAUCGAGGGUGGCGGCAGCCCCGUGAAACUCGAGGUGAACGUCAGCCUGCACGACGGCCGCUGGCACACCCUGCACCUGUCCCUCGACCACCAGGCUGUGGUGAUGAUGGUGGAUCUGUGUGGACGCGGGUGGAAAGACGAACAUACAGGUGACGCCCACUGUCUUGCCCGGACACAAUGGAAUCUUCCCAGUGGCGGAGGGGCGUGGCUUGGGUCUGGGCCGUUGCAGGUCGGCGGGCUGGCUCACGCCCCGCCCGAACCACUGGACUAUGGGUGGCGGGAGGCCCCCACUCGCCACAACCUGAGUGGUUGUCUCUCCCGCCUUACUGUCAACACUCAGGUUCUGGAUCUUGGCGCGCUGGUGCACAGCCACGCCAACGUACGAGGCUGCCGCCCACAACACGCGGCGUGCCCCGGCGGGUGCGGGGUGCGGGGCCACUGUGUCGGCGGCCUGAAGCACCCCCACUGCGAGUGUGAUCCGGGCUGGGCGGGACCAAGCUGUGCCGCGCCCACCACGCCUGCACGCCUCGACUCGACCUCCUACUUCAAAGUGGCGCUCUCCUUCUCGCCGGGGCCGUGGGUGGUACGAGUGCAGGUGCGGGUCAGGUUGCACGGCGCCCGUACUGGUCUCCUGGUCCAACUGGCAACCCACCACAGCACUGCCACCUUCACCCUCCACUUGCAGGCGGGCGUGGCGUGCGGCGCUGUGUCGGGGGCGGAGGUGGCGUCGCGGCGGGUGUGUGUGGAGCGUCACCCGCUGGGGGACGGCGCGUGGCACACCAUCCGGGCGGAGCGUCACGGCCACAACCUGCGACUGAGCGUGGACGACGGGGACGGCUGGCGAUGCAACGAAACCCUGCCAUCCCUGGCGGCCCCCAGUGGGCUGGGGCCGCCCACGCCGCUGAGGGUGGACAAGCAGGGCGGGGUGGCGGUGGGCGGCGUGCCGAGCUUCGUGGGUGUGGAUAUGGUGAUGGUGCACCACGACCUACAUGAUGCCUGUCUGGACGACCUGCGAGUGUCGGGCCGCCGCCUGCCAAUGCCCCCCGCCCUCAACACCACCAGCUGGGGGCAGAUGACCACCGCUUGGCAGCUGGCUCAGGGUUGCCGCCCGCGGGAGGACCCAUGCACCAGCUCCAGGUGUGCACCGCCCCUCACCUGCACCCCUGCGUGGGACCAGCCCUCCUGCAGCUGUGGGCCGGGACGCCAGCUGGUGGAUGACGUCUGCGAGGACGUGAACGAGUGCCAGUGGCAACCGUGUUUGCAUGGCGGCACUUGUCAGAACCUGCGACCUGGUUUCCUGUGUGCGUGUGAGCCGGGCCACUUGGGCGACCACUGCCAGUGGGUCAUGACACCCCGGGAGGCCCACCCACUCGCGGUACAUGCGGGCGUGGCAGUCCUUGCCCUCUCUCUCUUACUCCUGGUGGUGCUCGCCGUGCUGUUGUCUCUCUUGCUGCGGCGCCUGCGACAGUCCCGGGCGGUGCCGGAGCGGCGUGAAGGCCGAGGUCUAAUGGGUAGAGUCACGGGCAAGGGCGAGUCCAGAGCAGAUUUGAGCGGCAUCUGCGACACGCAGCUGGAACUCAUGAAAAUGAAAACCUUGGGAGUCGUACCAAACUACACGGAAAACAACCCCAUGGCGUCGAGGAGAGAGAGCAGCGGUGAGGUCAGCCUCAUGAUGCCCAAAGCCCCACCAACACCACUAGCGCCGUGCCUCCUCGAUCCAGCGAUCUUCCUGCCAGCAGAGAGCCCCAGCGGGUGUUCGCGUGACGUGGAUUCCCCUCAGUCCUCGCCCCAAUCUUAUGGAGGCUUGCAGGGGGCCGACGACAGCCCCAGUGCAGGACAGAGACAUGAUCCCACGAGUGGCAGUCCUCACUACAGAGGUUGGCAGUGGCCCUCGCCUGGCCCUCCUGACCCCGCCCCCACGCCUCUUGCAGACGGAGGACCCACCUGAGACCUCCUCCUCCUCACACCGCGCAGAAGAUUCGAGACUUGUCAGGCAGAAGGGAAGAAAAACGGAAUCUCUGAAACAUUAAGCACAUAUUUUUUGUUUCUUCCUUUUCUUUCCAUCUCUCAUUCUUCCUACUCUCUCCUCUUUAUCAACAGGGAUUUCAUUUUCUUAUUUCCUUGUAUCGUUAGUCUUCUCCCACUUCCUCCUCUUCCUCUUCCCCUUUCAUCAUCACUUUCCUUUUCCCAAUCUUUCUCUCCCCUGUAUCUGAGAGAGCGUGAAGAGUCUGCAGGAUUUUCUUUUUCUCAUUCCAUUGUAUCGUUCCUCUUCUUACACUUCUUCCUCUUCCCUUCCCUCCAUCAUUUUCCUCUUCCAAAUCUUUCCUUCCAACUGUAUCUGAGAGAGCUUGGAGGGUCAUCUGAGGGUCCUGCAAUGCAUGCCCCUCUGCAUGGCCUCCAGUGCUCAAGUGCCAACCCGUGACGCCGUUGCCCCGUGUUCGAUGUCUGUGUAGGCGGAUCAUUGUCACCAUUCAUCACGGCUGUAUUGACUAUUGUUGUUUGUGUAAGGACCUUCGUUAUACAAGACUUUGACACGAAUAAACGAGUAAAUGAG